AUGGGGUCCAUGCGGACUGCGGGGAAGCCAAAGCCAUGCCUUCCUCCCCACGCAGGUGCCUGGGUGGCCCCGGCCUCACGGCCCGGUCCGGGCGACCUGUCAGCCCUGCGAGUGCCGGGAGGCCGCCCCCAGAGCGCAUCCCCUGACUCGCCCGGCCGCCCCGGCCCCCGCGCCCAACGCCUGCCUCCCGCCCGCCGCGCGGCCCUCGGGAUGUGCGGGGAGACAAAGCGCCGGGCCCCACCACAGCCCCGCGGGCGGGAGGGGGGCGCCCCCGGGGGCCCGCGCCGCGGCCGGGGCUACGGGGCCAGGGCCCGCGCCGCGUCUCCCGCCCCUCCGCCGGCUCCCCGCACAAAAUGGAGCCGGCCCGGGAAGCCGUCGAGAGCGGGGCCCCGACGCAGCCCCGCGGCCCCUCCUCGGCCUCGGGCCCGGAGCUCAACGGCGGCGAGCGGGAGGCGGCCUGGCCCGCGUCCCGCCGCUCCUCAGCCCGGCGCACAAAGAGCCGCGCCGCGGCCCCGCGCCCGCUCCCCGGCCCGGCCCGCUGCGGGAGCGGCCUCGCAGGCGCGGGCCCCGGCCCCGGCCCGCGCGGGAGGGCGGGAGGCGAGUGCCCCCGGCCGCGGCGGCGUUGGCGGCGGGGACGGCGCCGGGAGGAGACGGACAUUUCAUUCGAGCUAAAGUGGAGUCGGUUUAGGAGCGAUCAUUGGCCGAAGCGAGACACAAACCUCCAAUGCAGCCCUGGUUGGCUCCCGUCUCCAAUCGGCUGUUUGGUUGGACAGAAAAUGGCUGCGAAGGAACCAGUCCCAGCGCGGAGCUCCGCUUCCAGGACUCGGCCUCCCCUCCCUCCGCCGCGGGCCGCUUCCCUCGGCGCGACAC